CUUUGCUUCCCCACAUAUGUGAAGACGGGGUUUAGGUGAUGCUCAAGCUCAAGCUCAAGCUCGUCGGCGUUUAUUCCCAAUACAUGUUCCCGAGGCUUGAGGUUUGUAGCUUGAGAUACCUACAUCUUUCGAUUACUUCGUGACAACUAUAUUAAAUAUUGCGACGGCGAGACUAUUUUAUGAUUUGUUUAUACCCCAUAGUUUGUCCAUUUUAUAUUGUACAUACUCCGUAGUUUCUUUCUACCUCCGAACAGACAAAAUGAUACGUUCAAAAGCUCUCACGCGGGGUAGAUUUGGGUACUCCGGCACAAGAACGUUGAAGCAUUUUGUACGUAGGGAUGAUGGUAAACAUACACAUGAGGAUAGAUAUGGAGAAACAAUCAAGAAAUUGAAGAUCGGAAGCCAUACUAGAGUUAUAUUUCAGGGGUUCACAGGUAGACAGGCCACAGCAAAUGCAAAAGAAUCGUUAGAAUGGGGAACUAAUAUAGUUGGUGGUGUGACACCUGGAAAGAGCGGAGAGCAUUUGGGAUUACCAGUUUUACCUACUGCAAUGGAACAACUUAAACCAGAUGCAACUGGAAUUUAUGUAGCAGCUCAUCAAGCACCAAGCGCAAUUGAAGAAGCCAUUGAAGCAGAAGUUCCUCUCAUUGUUGCUGUUGCUGAACACAUCCCUAUCCAUGAUAUGUUAAGGAUACAUAAUAUACUGGAUACUCAAUCAAAAAGUCGAUUAGUUGGUGCAAAUGCCCCUGGAAUUAUUUCGGCAAUUGGAAAAUGUCGAAUUGGUUUCCAACCCCUUUCUUGCUUCACACCAGGUCGAAUAGGUAUUAUCGCUAAGUCGGGAACUUUGACCGUCGCAUCAACGACCAGGGCCGGGCUUGGUCAAAGUCUUUGUAUUGGAAUGGGUGGUGAUGUAUUGGCUGGCACUAAUUUUGUGGAUGCUUUAAAGAUUUUCGAACAUGAUGAUAAUACUGAAGGAAUCAUUAUUAUCGGUGAAAUUGGUGGUGAAGCAGAACUUGAGGCUGCAGCUUGGAUCAAGGAAUAUAAAAAACGUUCCCCAAAUCCCAAACCUAUCACAGCACUAGUAGCUGGUGUUCAUGCAGCUCCUGGUAAAGUCAUGGGUCAUGCUGGAGCUUUCACUUUACCAGGAGAACCUGAUGCGUUGACAAAAAUCAAAGCAUUCGAAGAUGUAGGAGUUACUAUGGUCAAUCAUCCAGCCAAAUUUGGUAAUGCUAUGAAGGCUUUAUUAAAGAGCUCCGGAAGAUCCAGUAAUGGCGUGGCUACAGGUGGUCAUUCUCAAAAGCGAGGUUACCAUACAAUGAGGGUAUGUCCAACACCAAGCAUUUCACAAAUGAACAUGACGCAAAGAAGAACCAUAUAUCUCAAAGAGGGAGAUGCAUUUAAAUUGCUUGACGAAAAGAAAAUCAUUAGAAGCCCAGCUGGUCACACUUACCACCUUGCUAUUGGCAUUGAUCGAAGUAACCGAUGUCCAUGUUUAAUAAUACAGGGGCCGGGUAAAGAGAAUGAGUCCCCUACAAAAUCGAUAAAGCUUCCGUUUUCAUACGAUGCAGCCAGAAUGUCUAAUGUCCUCCAUAAAUGCAGCUUUCAUUUGGGAUUGAGAUCUCAAAGCAGGUUGUUGAAAUCACUCAUUUUCGGCUUGUAUGGACUCUUCAAAGAAAAAGAAGCCUUCCUCCUCGAAUGCGUCGUAAAAAAUCAAAAAGCAACGAAACUAGAAGGUCAUCAGAAAAUGGUGGUUGUGAAUGCACGUUUUGGUUUCGAUGAUGCCGCAUUUAAAAGUACGAAUCGUCAAUCAGAGAUUCAUUCUCUUCCCCGCGCAGAUAAUCAAGAUCCUGCCGAAAUAGCUGCCGAAAAAGACGGUAUAGUAUACAUCAGACUUGCCGGUGAUGGUAAUAUCGGGACACUGGUGAAUGGUGCAGGGUUGGCUAUGAAUACCGUAGAUGCUUUAGCAGAUGCAGGGGGUAAAGCUGCCAAUUUCUUGGAUACUGGAGGGAAAGCAACUGCGGAAACGGUGAAGAAGAGUUUCGAGGUGAUAUUGAGAGAUGAGAGGGUGAAGGUGGUUUUAGUCAAUAUCUUUGGGGGGUUGACUUUAGGAGAUAUGAUUGCCGAGGGGAUACUUUUGGCUUUCAAGGAGUUGGGAGUUAAGGUGCCGGUGGUUGUUAGAAUUAGAGGGACGAAUGAGAAAGAAGGGCAGAGGAUUAUUGCUGAAAGUGGAUUGCCACUAUUUGCAUAUGAUGACUUUGAUGAAGCCGCGGCUAAGGUGAUAGAAUUAGCGAACUCCAGUGGAGCUUGAGACUACUUUUUAGAUUCAAGUA